GCUCAUCUCUUCUUGCGCCAUGUGAAUUAAGAAAUCAUUCGUUCGAAAAACCGCAGUAAAUAUUGCGUCUCGCGGUAUUGUCCGUGGGAAUCCAGUUGGUAUUAAGAAGUCAACAGAUAUAUUUUUCCUUAUUCAUUGUGUACUUUGUAAUGUCGCCAAAGAUAUCGAUUGACUACAUGAAAUGAAAUCCCGGCCGAAUCUGCUGAGAAGGACGAUCCAAUUCAACUAAUAUGCUCCGAGGGCUUAUCAAUUGCUUGAAGUAUGAGAAAAUACGACAUUCGAACUUGCAAAAUGUGUUGCUGACACAUACAUGGAGAGGGCACCCGCCCAGUAAAAUAUGGCAGGUGCCUAUCGGAAAAUUACCUGGCACGUUAGCUAGCGCGAAAGCGCCUUUCAACAGGAGUUGGCCAUUAGAUGCUAGGAUAGUAUCUCAGGAAUGUGCUAUUGUAAGAAAUUUUAGUAGUCAAGUUAGUGAUAAGGAAAAUGAACCAAAGGGUUUACUACAAAAGCUGGGAAAGAAUCCGUAUGCUAGAUUGAUGAGGAUAGAUCGGCCGAUAGGAUCAUGGUUGCUGUUUUGGCCGUGCGGAUGGAGUAUAGCGUUGAGUGCACCGGCUGGUUGCUGGCCGGAUCCAUUGAUGCUGGCCCUAUUUGGCACGGGAGCCUUCAUAAUGCGCGGUGCCGGUUGCACUAUCAACGAUAUGUGGGACAAAGACAUCGAUGCAAAAGUGGCUCGAACGAAAGGCAGGCCUUUGGUUUCGGGACAGCUAAGUCAAUCGGACGCAUGGGUGUUUCUAUCGGCACAGCUAGGUUUCGGGCUGUUGAUUCUUCUGCAGCUGAACUGGUACUCGAUUGUGCUGGGUGCUAGCUCACUGGGUUUGGUGAUCGUUUAUCCGUUGAUGAAGCGAGUGACCUACUGGCCACAGCUGGUACUGGGAAUGACCUUCAACUGGGGCGCACUGCUAGGCUGGAGCGCAACGCAGGGUUCCGUACUGUGGUCCGCUUGCCUUCCGCUUUAUCUCGCUGGGGUUUGCUGGACAAUUGUGUACGACACGAUCUACGCCCAUCAGGAUAAGGUGGAUGAUAUUCUUUUGGGUAUCAAAUCGACGGCAAUCCGGUUCGGUGAUCGGACAAAACUUUGGCUUACGGGAUUUUCGACGGCGAUGAUUGGCAGUUUAAUCACGGCGGGGAUGGUCUGUGAGCAGACCUGGCCGUACUACUCGUCGCUGGGAGUGAUCACUGCCCAUUUGGCGCAUCAGAUUUACUCCCUGAAUAUCGAUAAUCCAACGGACUGUGCGACGAAAUUCAUCUCCAACCACCAAGUUGGUUUGAUCCUGUUUUUAGGCAUUGUGUUAGGUACCCUCUACAAAGGUUACGGUCAAAUAAAUUCAUCACCAAAUACGCUGGCCCUGGCCAACUCCAGCAGUUCUUCAUCAGCCCUACUGAUGAGCGCAAACAGUCAAACGGCACCGAGUCAAACUGGAGUUGCUAGUGGGCGCAACGUUGUGCUACGAAAUUAGAAACUAAGUCGAGUUUAAGCUCUUCUAACUACAGAGAAUUUUGGUGUAACGAAGGAACUAUUGUGAAGUAAAAUUGGUAAACAUUUUAUCA